AUGUCUCGCUGUGUUGCGUUGACCCGGCCUCUUCUCCACCUUCAGGACGAUCAGACCCCGCUGCACUGUGCAGCCCGGCUGGGUCACCUCAAAGUUGUCAGGCUGCUCCUGGAGAACGGGGCCUGCCCGCUAUCGGUCAGCACCACCGGCCACACUGCCCUGCACAUGGCAUCCCGGGAGGGCCACGUGGAUGUGGCUGAGCUACUGCUGGACCGCGGUGCCUUGCUCGCUCACAUGACCAAGAAAGGAUUCAGCCCUCUCCACGUUGCGGCCAAAUACGGAAGGUUCCGGGUGGCUGAGGUGCUACUGCAGCACGGAGCUGAGCCAAACAGUGCCGGGAAGAACGGUCUGACUCCUCUCCAUGUGGCAGUCCACCAUGAUAACGCUGACAUUGUGGAGCUGUUACUGAAACACCAGGCCUCACCACACUCUGCAGCUUGGGUAAGGAUGGCGCGGGGAGGGAGGGUACACAGAGAGACCCCAGGCACAGAGGGUCCCCCCUACAUGGCAUGGCCGUGGGUGAAGCGUAGCUGUCAGGGUUGGCUGAUCCCAGUUGGUGCCCAGCGAGCGGUCACUGCGGAGAAACCCUCUUCUCCACCCUGCUCAUCCACUCCCCUCUCCAGGCAAACACCCCUACACCCUACACAUCUUUGGGAUUGUGGGAGGAAACCAGAGAUCCCAGAGGAAACCCACACGGACACAGGGAGACUGU